ACAGGUUUGAAAACUUCAUGGCACUUCAUUCGUAGGAGUUGUUGAUGCCCGUUGAAACGCUGUGUGCCGAAGCUCAUCCCCGGCGCAGUUAUUAUACGCGGGCUGUGAUGUCUCCAGACGUGCGAUAACCUACUGAUCCGACAAAGUGACGACGACCGCCGAAGCCGCGCCGGAAAGGGAAACGAUCGUGGGGGAUAAAUUGGUGGUGCGAAACAUAGCGUUCGCCGGUUAGGCCUACCAAGUGCUACUGCAGCCGCCGGUGCAGUCGACAUGGGUUGUGCUGUGAGUACCGCCGCCGACAAGGAGGCUGCCGAGCGUUCCAAAAAGAUCGACAGGGACCUUCGUGCUGAUGGCGAAAGACAAGCGAGGGAAGUCAAGCUCCUACUGCUGGGUGCUGGGGAAUCUGGGAAGAGCACCAUCGUCAAACAAAUGAAGAUAAUCCACGAGUCUGGCUACACUGCGGACGAGUGCAAGCUGUACCGGCCCGUGGUGCACAGCAACACCAUCCAGAGCCUGCUGGCCAUCAUCCGCGCCAUGGGGCAGCUCAAGAUCGACUUCAAGGACCCCAGUCGAGCGGAUGACGCCCGCCAGUUCUUCACGGUGGCAGGAGCAACAUCGUCGCAGGAGUGCGAGAUCACACCUGAGCUGGCCUCUCUUAUGAAGCGUCUCUGGCAGGACCCAGGGGUUCAGCACUGUUUUGCCCGCUCACGCGAGUACCAGCUCAACGACUCAGCCUCAUACUACCUGAAUGCUUUGGACCGCAUCUCACAGCCAAGCUACACACCAACACAGCAAGAUGUGCUACGAACGCGAGUCAAAACAACAGGCAUCGUCGAGACGCACUUUGUCUUCAAAGAGCUACACUUCAAGAUGUUUGAUGUAGGUGGCCAGCGGUCUGAACGCAAGAAAUGGAUCCACUGCUUCGAAGGGGUGACAGCCAUCAUCUUCUGUGUGGCCCUGAGCGGCUAUGACCUUGUACUCGCCGAGGAUGAGGAAAUGAACCGGAUGAUCGAGAGCAUGAAGCUGUUCGACUCCAUCUGCAACAACAAGUGGUUCGUGGAGACUUCCAUCAUCCUCUUCCUCAACAAGAAGGACCUCUUUGAGGAGAAGAUCACCCGCUCGCCACUCACCAUCUGCUUCCCUGAGUACACAGGCAGCAACACGUACGAAGAAGCGGCCGCCUACAUACAAAUGAAAUUUGAGUCACUGAACAAGCGCCGGGAUACCAAGGAGAUCUACACACACUUCACAUGUGCCACCGACACCAACAACAUCCAGUUUGUGUUUGACGCUGUGACAGAUGUCAUCAUCAAGAACAACCUGAAGGACUGUGGUCUCUUCUGAAUGCCUUCGUCAGUCUCCACGAAAAAAAGCAUCGUGUCAGUGGUGCACCCCAACGACAGGAGGCUCGAGCCGGCCUAUUAUACCGUUGCCAAAACCGCUUGCACGGCCAUGCAAGUGGUGUCGAGGGAGUGGUGACCUGCUCUGCACGUCUGAUGCACGAGGUGUCCUCGUCAGGACUGCCGUUUGGCAGAAUAGGUGGGUGGCACAUGCAGAGGCCGCCAGAGACAAACCUUUUACCUGGCCAUGAUGCUCUCUUGGCAUGUGGUUCGAGUCGAGGCGUCAAUUUAUCCCUGUGCAAUGCUGUCGCUUGCCUGAUUUGCAUUUAUAUUUUAUGUCUUGUGUUCAGUAGUUACAGCCACAUUUCUCUUCCUUCCUAGCUCAUUUUUUUUUCUUAGCUUGCCACAAACAUGCAAAAAACAAUAACAAAAGACAUAGUUCUGUUGCGAUGUUUCACCAUAGCAUGGCAUUUAUUUUACUAUUGUUUUGAUCAUUUUUUGUAAGGGAUCAAUUUUUGCCACUGUAUUUGUGGUUUUGUUCUUUUUAAGUUGCGAGGAAAAUGCUUAUGUUUCGCAUUCUUUUCUUUACCUUCCUCCCUGCAAGUGUGUUGUGACAUUCGACGAGGAAAUCAUUUGCUUUGUGCAUUCCUCGUGGCGUGUGGUGACCUCUCCCCUGUGAUGAUGCUGGUAGCCAGUGUCAUACCUGCCAAGAGUUCCAGAUUAGUUGUACAGUGUACAGAUUUCGGCGAUCUCCCACAAAUGAGACUUUCAGAUUCUCAUGUGCUAAGAAUGCCAUUGGUAUAUCCACAUAGAAAGAAAAAUGGGGUGUAGCUGACCAAACUGACAUUGCUAUCGCUGAGUCAUAAUGUGAUUGUAACGCUGCUAUUUCAGCCACUCGGCAUAGAGAAUUUCUGUGUGCCUUGCUGCCACCAAAGCACCUUGCCAAAUGCAGUGCUGUAGAUAGGUGGCCUAAUUCCACUGAACUUUAUUAUAAUGAAGUCGCAUGCAACAUGAAAAUACCUUUGUUAUAGUCAGUAUUCACUAUAAGCAUUGAUUUGUUACAUGCUGAUACCAGCUAGAAAAAUUCUGAAUUCUCUAUUUACUUUCGUAUGUCUGAUAUAUUAUGUAUGUGUUUGGGUACAUCAAGGUUUGACUGCACAUGGACUCGGAGAUAGUCGCCACUGUGCAAUGCCUGCACUGGCGCAUACUGUGUUGACAAUUUCAGAGGCCUGCUUAAAGGCCUGCAGAUGAUGGUCUGUUGCCAUUGUUUGUCGUGUUGCCAAUUUUUUACCAGCAAGAAAAUUUUACUCGCUGUCACCUCCAAGUCCUUGCGGUGGCUUAUGCUGGUCAUCGUGAUUGCAUAACAUGACAAUGCUCAGGCCGCUUGCUUCUAUCCAAAUUCGUUCUUGCUACUUGCUCUCUAUUGUGCCAGCCUGAAAUAAAUUGUAAAAUCAGGCUUCGCUUAGUCAAAUCUCAUGCUGAGGGUAAAGUAUUAGCUAUCAUUUGAUGUUGUUAUUGAUACUGCUGUAUGUUUUGACGUUACUAGGCCUAGAACGGCACUGAACAGCAAAUGUGCUUUGAUUUCCACCUAGCAGAUAGCGUGACAGCAUGUAAUGUUGGUCAUGCGAAACACUUCCACAGUAGAUCUAGUGCACUCGCAUUAAAAUGUCGAAUUCACUGCACGUUCGCAGGUUUCUGUGGUCGUACAACUGGGCAACAGUGUAAAUUCGUUGAUGCCGCUUUUCAUGAUGUGACGUUACUUCAGUGCAACACUGUCACGGUGUUGCUUGCCGCUGUCACUUGAAUGUGCUGGCAUCUUUUUAAUGCUGCAUUUCUUCACAGCGUGUCUCCUUAAACUGCCGUGCUGGCUCCUCAUUUUGAGACGGCUUAGCGCCUUCUGUACUAUAGUGCUCACUGCUGUUCUAGGACUGGCAGCAGCACAAUUUAAUGAUGAUCGUCAUGAUUACAUAUUCUUUGUUACCUGCCUCAUUAUUUAUGAUGAUUCUAAUUGUCACUUUUUAUAAGGGUAGUACACAGGGAAGGUUUACUGUGAUAAGGAUCAAUAAAAGUAAUCGGGGUUUUUCAAAGGAUGAAUGGUAUUGUUUUUUUCCCCCGUGCUUUUUAUUGCCUCUGGCCCUCUGUUCAACUCUAAUUCUGAUGUCUGGAACUUGGCAGGUAUGCAGUGAGCUGUUGUAUUAGAUUGCAAGGACAGUAACUUUCCAUCUGUCUGUCGAACCCCUUAAAACAGUGCCUUUCCUGACUGAGCUUCUUGAGAGUUUGUGUGUGUGACAAUGUUCUCCGCUGCUUGCCAGGCGUUGUUUGUGGGCAAAGACCCUGCUUUCAUUAUAUUUGUCAUGUGCACUUACAAAGCAGGGGUCAAUUUUUACAAAGGGCAGAUGUAGUAACCCAAUUGUCACUAACCUACAGGCCUUGUUUUGGCCAUGAUGGUUUUCUGUAUGUUUCAUUGGCCAAUUCUGACAUGAAACUUUGCUGUUCAAGUGUUCAGGCUGUUCUUCAUUUACAGUAAGAAAGCAUUCUGUCACUGUUUUGUGAUGAUACAGUGUAGACCGCUUAUAACGUAAGUCGCCGGAGUCGCGAAUAUCCGCACUAUAAGCGGUACCGCACUAUAACCAAAGCAACAAUUUUCAAGGCCCACACAUAUGCCAAACAUGUGCACCGAGCCGCCACGCGUAUGCGACAGUCGAGGAAUGCGGCUAGAACGUUUGCAUUCAAUUUACAGUUGAAUCUCGUUAAUUCGAACCAAAUCACGCGGCGGCGCCUCCAACCGGCAUUGCGCCGGCACCGCUAUAGAGUAAAAGCUUAGACGAGACCCCUCAAUGUCGCGCGCGAACAGAAUAAAAAAAAACAACAAAUGCAGCGGAAAUUUCACCCUCGUCGCCGAUUCUGCAUUGCACCGGAAGAUGCGUGUACGUGCCGACGUCUCAGCUACGCUACCAUAGCCACGCGUAGAAAAUGGCAGUGAACCCUUCUUUCUCCUUUAUGCUUCCUCUACUUUCUAGUCACGUGUUGACCUUGCACGCUGCGGCUACGGCGCAGAGGGAAGCAGCGGCGUUGUCCCAGGCCAGCCAACGCCCGCUUCCCGAUAACGGCAGAAAACGAAACUUCGGGGAGUUGGCGCCGGGCCGGCUGUAGCGGCAGCGCCUGCACGGCGGCAGGCGCGUACGGUGACAGAAGUGAGGGAGGUAUGAGGGAGGGCGAGGGGAGCCGCCGAAGUGGCGGAGUUGCCGAGGCGAAAUCCGCUUCCCUGCCGCCCUCCUCCCUCACAUUCCACGGUCUCUGCGUGCGCCCUUCUCCGUGCCGGCGCCGCCCGCUCCCUGAAGUUUCGUUUAGUGCCGUUAUCGUGAACCGAGCGUUGGCCGGCCUUGGCAGUUUCGUGGCCCUCGCUCGCUAUACUCGCCGUGAUAUUUCACGACUCGCACUCAAGAUUCUGGUUUCAGCCUUACUGGCUGUUCGUUCGCACCACGUGCCCUUCUCCUCCACUUCGUCUCUUUCUUCCUCGAGCACUCCUUGGGGCGCCCAUUUGAGGGGAGUGUUCGCCGUCUCCGCUGACUUCUGUACUCCCAGACAGCCGCACUGUAACCGGUAUUUCGUUUCCCGCAACUGCACUAUAAGCGAUACGUGCAUACAUAGAGUGCUAUGGGAAAAUUAACGGGAGUCUGAAAAGACCACACUAUAUCCGGUCCUGCACUAUAAGCGGUUACGUUAUAAGUGGUCUAUACUGUACUUGCCAUUUUUCUUGGCACCAAACUUUGGUAACAACCAUCUCAUCUUUGGCUCUACGUUGUCUCGGAAAGCUGUUAUGUUUGGUAUAGCAACACCAAUAUAUCGACCACCUCUUGUUUAUUCUUUGAGCAGCCGCGUGCCAAAGUAUAAUUUCGCUGGCUGUAGUGGUAAAAAUACGAAAGACAGAAGGCAUGUUUCUGUCUGCUUAUGGUGUCAUUUCAGCUUUACCAGAGUGUAAGUUUCGGCAUUGAACUCCCUGAAAGCCAGCUUGGCAGUCAGGUUUUUUUUUUGUUUUUUUUUUAAUGGCACACAUCUUAGGUGUAAAUGUGUUAUCUUUAGCACUAAUUCAGAUGUCAUGCUUUUCAUCCAUAUGCGUAGCCCUACAACUUACCAAAACUGGCCAAGCUUUGCAACCCCAUUUUGAUGGAGUUUGUAAUCUGUUUCAUAAUAUAAUAAAUCAAAAACAAUAGUAGUGGAACCAUCAGUCAAGGCAUCAUUUUAUUACUUUUGCCAAAGACAUGUCAGUGGCCUUUGAUCUGUUUUAAACAUGUUGGUGCUGUCAGUCAGUUCUACACUUCUGACCCUUUGCCAGACCUUCAUGUUGGUUGCAGGUUCAGUGACAUGCUUGUGGCGAUAAGCACAAACAAGACUGUUGUUGGUGUGUUGCUAGCACAUUGCCAAAACAGGGUUUGUAGCAGGAUGUGAAACCCUUGAACAUCAAAAUGCCACAUUCAAGGUCAGGGAAACCUUUAAAAUUUGUGGACAGGGUAAAAUUUGGGGAAUUUAAUCUUCAGAUGUGUUUUGUUUUAGGUGUGGGGGCUUUAUAUAAAGCUGGUGCAGUGUAGAAGAUAAGCCAAGUCAUUCCAAUUCAGUAGUUUGCAAUAUAGUCGACUUCCGUUAAUUCGACAUUGACAGGACUGACAAAGUUGAUCAAAUUAUCUGGCAAGUUGAAUUACCUAAACAAGAUGCAGAAAGAUGCCAAAACAUAGCUUUAUUCAUUUGGCAGGAUUUUCCCAGUUCUGACAUGCCCCUGCAUGAAACAGGCACCCCUUUUCUAUGUGUCCAAAGUAAAACAAUAACGUAGAAGCGACAUUAAAGCUGCUAAACAAAGUUGAAAUCUAACGUGCACCCAAUUUUCUGGAGGGAAAAAUGGUCUAAAUAUGUCGCACAGUGGCGGCUAUUUCCUAAAGUCAGCUUUACCACAAUACAUUCAUGUUAUGCAGCAAAACAUACGAACACCGUGAAGGUGGUUCUGGUAUUGUGUCCGAUUGCACCGUGCAGGCAAUUUCCGGCCCAAUGUUCCUGAAAAAAGAAAUGUUAGGAUUGGGUAAAUAGCGUAAUGAGACAUUGUGAGCUAUGGUUAUUAUUUGAAAAUCUUCUUUGGGGGAGGCCGAAUAUACGCAUUUUUGACGGGAGAUGAUGCGAGUUCAACGCAUUCACUGUCCCCAUAGCUCAUCCGAGAUGCUUCCACUGAAGGGGUCACCUUAGGGGUGAGGCGAAUGCAUGCUCGAUGAUAAAGUUCGAAUUGUCAUGCAAAGGCGAAUUCCAGGAUCGAAUUAACGAAACUAGACCCAUAGAAAUGCAUGGGCACCAGCCGGGACCUUUGGCCGGGAUCUUUUUCAUUUGUGCGCAAUAAAGGAAGUUUGCUAGCUGUAGAAGAUAGUGCUUUGAUUUGAAGCUGUAAAACAUAAUGGUGCUUUAGCCCCUAAAUAUGCUUUGUCAGGGCCUUGCAAGUCUUCGAGGAAUAUUUUUCACAAAAACUGCUAUGAACUGUGUGUGAAGUUACACUCGCUUUGUGUAUUUCAGGAGGUUGUCAUUUGUGGUAUAGCAUUUUAUGUUUAUGGCCUUGCUAGUAUUCAAGGACUAUUUUUCACAAAAACUGCUAUGAACUGUGUGAAGUUUCAGUUGCUUUGUGCAUUUCAGGAGGUUGUCAUUUGCGCUUUAGCAUUCUAUGUUUAUGGCUCAACCAGCACACGUCAGACUACUCUGUCACACCAUUCUUCAAACUUUUCCUUUAACCGCCAAGACAAUGGUGCAUUAAAGCACAAUUCUGGAUCUGGAUCUCUAAUCGCUCUCUGUUCUGGCAGGUAUCCCAAGUUUGUUUUCAUGUACUGUCAUUUGAACCAUGGCAUACUUGUGCAUUGGUAGGUGUAACUGCUAAAGAAGCUGUAUCCUUUAGACAAGUGAUGAUGGGCAAGGUUUUCUAAUAAAUGUAGGAGCGUGCACAGUCGUAGGGAAUUUUCUAAGCCUACACAAGCUAUCUUGGCAAAAGGCGGCCACAGUUGUAUUGAUUUUUUUUAAAUACUUGAGGUCACCAUGUGCUUUACGACUGCUGGUGGCCAGUGACGUGUGCCAGUUGGAGCAAGUCCUGAGCUUUGUGUGCGGUUGCAUUUUGUGUUAAACCACACGUUGCUUGUCCUGGAGUAUGCUGUGGCUGUAUGCUUUGCAGCCAGAAGUUGCAUGAUAGCUAUUGAUAGGCAGCAGUGGAAGCCCACAUGGGAUUCACUUUUGCAGCAACAAAAGUAUUUUCGUUCCAUUGUUUCAUUUCUUCAAAAGCGAAUUGUUCCUUGGAAAGGUAUCCCUUCUGAGCACCAUAUAGUAUUGGCUGACGUCUGGGAUGAGCAAAAUGAUCUGCCUACAUUGCCAAAAGGUUUUCCAAGGCUUGUGCCGAACUACUGCAGCUUCAAGAAUUGUUUGCUAGCACUAACUCACUCUGGGUCUCUGCUGUGUGUAUAUUAAGUGUGUUUAUUGUGUAGUAUUUCAUCUUAGUGUGACUUGUGGCCCCAUCUUCUUUCUCUUAGUGUGGCUUAGCAUUUGGUUGUUAGCGUGCCAUAAAUAUUUUUUGGAAACAGGUCACUUCAUAUGUCUUAGUGUGCUCCCAAAUUGAUUGCCUUGCGAGUGUGAACGCCAUUUGUGGGCGUGGCUGUGUAUUUUUCAAGCUGACAAAGUCCUAGUCUUUUCAACCCUGCUGUCUUUUGCAUGCAAAACGCACUGUAAGGAAGCUUGUAUUGAGCUAAAUUGACGUUGAACUUGCAAGAGUCGUUGCCCAAGUUGUGUGUUAACCCUAGUCCCAGAGAACUUGUUGUGGCACUGCAGCAGCAGAGUCGAGGAGGCCUUGCCCAAAACAUGCUCCGUUUCAUACAGAGCAGGCAAUGCUGCGAAGACUUCCCUAGCUGCUUGCAUUUGCGACCAAAAAUAAUGCGCCACAUAUAAAAGAAGGAUAUGGGUGGGCAUUGUGUCAUUCGAUUUAACAUUGAGUCCCAUACUUUUAUGUUGAAAAAUAUCACUUUACUAUCUGGAAGGUGUUGCAGAUCUGAAGCUGCUACCACCAAACAAGUGGAGUGACGUUUCUGUGAGCAGCGGCUGCUGUGCAUUGUCUGCGCUCGUAAGCGAAACAUAGUCCAUUGCAAGCUUGAAGCACAAAGGUUUACAAAUAUGUGAUUAGAUGUAACCUUACGUGCGCGAGUUGUCUUACAUGAAGUAGUUAUUCUAUUGAAAGCGUUGCAAAUCAGAAACAACAGCACUGCGAAACGUGCCGAGUCUGUGGCUGCACUAGCUUACCUUCUGCAGCGUUGUCUGCCGAGUAUGAAAUACUGUUGGCUGUAGUCCCUGCUUCUCCUGCUGCCUUCAGUGUGUAUUCCUUGGGAGUAAUAAUUGUCUGCACGCAAAGCUUUGCUACUUCCUCAUCGGAUAACAUCGCUCUCUAUAUGUAUGUUCCACUCUUGGCUCUGUGGGCUAUUUGGCACAUGUCAAUUUUUAUUGCAUCGUUUGAUGUUCAGCUUUGUUUUCACAUGCCGGCUUGUCCCAACUAAAUCUCACCAGCAAUGCAGAAGAAACAUCCGAGGCACUUCUUAGGAGUUGUGAAUGCAAAAGCAUCAUUGUCCAAUAGAACACCACCGAGCGGUCCUUCGAGUUAUGAACUCCUUGCGGCCAAAUAGGCGCGUUGAGAUGCUUGGCAUGUUUUGAUUUGGCCUUAUUGAGGCGGUGCAGUUAAAAUGCAGGCAAGGAAUGCGCAGGUCAGGCUUCCGAGAGCGAGGGUCGUCGCGGCGAUGCACUCUCCCUUCAUGCAAUACUGCAGCACCAGGUGUUCCCUGGCUCUGCUCCGUCGAGGCUCAAGCGAGCAAGCGUGAGCCAGUGUGGCGUUGCAGCCAGUGGGAAGUUUCAGUGCUACAGACACCGCCGGCUGUUUUGCUCAAUGGGUCAUUUGACGCUUCUGCAUCAAUAACCGAGGUGUUUACGCAUACGGCACCCACUGUAUGUUUAUGGCCCUUGUUGAUGCUAGCCAGAUAUUUUUUUCAUUGCGUGCAAACAAUUCUUGAAUUAGCUAACUUUUAACCCUUUCACUGCCGGGUUUUUUUCUGACUGCUUCUCACCCCCUGCCGGGUAUUUUUUUCAUGUUGGUUCAGUGGAAAUUUCAUGCUAGUAAUGCACCAUGAUACUCCACAGGACAUGUAAAGAUAUUCAUCAGCAGUUCUUGAAUUUCUUCAUCCGUCAAAGCGCGGACACACGUGGUGCACUGACUCGCCAUGGCUGCUGCGCUCUGCCGAGACGAAGCGACGCGGGUCUAAACACGUGCGCUCUGUCUGUUGUCUAAAAUUUAAUUUACAAGUUCUAUGUGUUUAGGUGACCUCUCCAUAGAUGGCGGGACAUGAACGGAAUUUUUUUUUGCACGAGUUGUCUCGGGAGUGGCAGGGAGUGAGUUUAAAAAGCAACACAAGUAUACUCGGGAGUAGCAGGGGGGCGUGUGGGUGGUUUCAUGAGUUAUUUCGGUAGUGGCAGUUAAAGGGUUAAGGAAAUUUCUGCAUUUCAACUAUUGCAGCGCUGUCAAAUGUGCUGUGCACAUGCUCGAAGCAAGGGCUUCAGAUAACCGAGCCGAAAGCGGGGAAAAAGCACAGCUGCUCAUUCCCAGAGUCAUAAGUUGGCCAAUAUUCGUCGAGGUUUACGUUUGAGACUACUGCAAUCCAUAGAAUGCGGACACAUCGCAUGGUAUUUUAUCAAUUUUGUGGUCAUUCUGUUUUUGUCGGGGAAAAAAGACCACGCAUGACCUAGGUUGCACCCUGUUAUGAUUAAUUUUUCAGCAAUUUCUGCAUUGUCAACGAUGGUUAUUGAUUAAAUAAGCUAAUUUAAAAAAGAUAGCUAAUUAGCCUGAUUUGAUAGUUACUUCUGCACAUUUGGAAAAAAUCACUAAAAUGCGCAAUGCCCAUCACAUACAGUAAGUGCUGUUAGUGUAAAGCCCUCUGCUGUUUUUUAAUUGGCAAGAUUGUUUGCACAGCAAGUAUGGCAGCAGUGCUGAUUUAAAUUCAAAAUUUAUGCAAUGAAAACAAGCUCUUUGCGGCCCUGCCAUGUUAAACCGCUGAGUUUUCCACAGCAGUUGCGAGGGUUGUAAACACGGGGGCAGUGCCACUGAUUAUGCAAUUUGUACAGUAAAGGUCACCGCAUGCUCUGCCAGUGAACAUAGCUUUGUCUCGCAAGACUUGCUAAAGGACCAAUGAGCAAAUGUGGAACGGUCUUCACCGUCUGCACAUUCGUAUGUCAUAGGCUUGUUAGGCACAUUAUCACACUUGCGCCGCCAUGCAAAGCUGAAAUGCAGCUUCGUGUCACCUGAACCAGCAUUGGUGGGGUCACCUUGCACCGAGUCAAUCCAUUCUUAAGCUCAGUGACUUUCUUUUCUAGUGCCUCUGCCAGAUUAUGCUAUCACUUCUCAUUAACCAGGUUCUGCAUGCCUCACUGUUGGCUCUGUGUUCUCAACAUCUCCUCAGGCAUAUGUUGCCCUCUGUGUAAGGCCUGUUUUUCUCGUCAUUCACUGCCAGCAGUAGAGCAUGGUCCGUACUGUGCUCAUUUCCAUGAUUUCUUUCCUCUGUCAUCACCAGUUUGUCAUUUCUGGUUCCUCGUCAUAUUUAUCAACAAUAGGUGUUCUGUGUAAUGGCAUGAGUCACAAAUGUGCUGUCUUGCUCUGUCAUAUUUCUGUUAUUGCCCGCAAUCCUGUUGAUGCAUCAUAUUGUAAGCCGUAAGUAACCCCGAGUCUCGCUUCUGUUGAAAACAUCUUUCCUUGAUGUAGGCACUGUCAUGCACUCACUCACUUAUGUACAAUCGUGGUACUGCAAUGUUCAGCAACAUCAGCUCACCUUUCUUGCCAAUGGCUAGGCACUGUGUUGUAUGACAGCAGCCUUGCUGACAUCCCACUUCAUAGCUGAACAAAAGACUGCCGCACCAGUUUCGGCAUUUUGGGGACUUUGUUUUUAUCGUACCAACUUGACUCGUUUGCCUCAAGUACUUUUCAAAUUGUGGCAUGUGCAGUUCCACACUCCUUUUUUUUAAUGAUAUAUUUGCUGUGUGGUUUUAGAACCUCUACAGUUGAUCAUUGCUAAUUAUUUUCCUGUUGGAAACUUGUAAAACUUGGUGGUUGCCACACUAGGCAAUGUGUGCACGCACAUUUUGCACGAAAGCUGUGUUUGGCGGCAGUGGUGGUUGUGAGCCUUUUAUUCAGCUGUCCUUGCUGUUUCUCAGCCCAGUUGAUAGGGAAAGUCCCGAUCAAGUUUUACAUGUUUGAAAGCCAAACGGGCUGCCUUGUCUGUCACUGCUCAAAACUUAAAAGGCUGACUCACUUCAAGCUUGGGGUGUGCCUGCAUUAUGCAAUUUUCCUAGUCUGGAAAUGUGCACUGCAACUGCAUUACCUGUAUUGGUCUGCUCUCAAACACGACCACGGCCAGCCACAAUAGAGACAGCUUAUGGUAAAGGUUGCUUUCAGUUUUUGCUUCUGUAGCCACAAGUCUACUACAGCUGGCGUUUCAUGGCUAGCUUAUAGUAGCUCGCUGGUUCUGCUUGGCACGUCUACAAGCUAGUGUAUGUGCUUUUGUGAGGAGCAUUGAUUUGACACAUUUGCCUUUCUAUUUGUUGCGCUCGCUGGUUCUGCUUGGCACGUCUACAAGCUAGUGUAUGUGCUUUUGUGAGGAGCAUUGAUUUGACACAUUUGCCUUUCUAUUUGUUGCAUUUCCUGAUGUUUUUCUUUCUCCUGUGCUGCCAAGGCCCUUGGGAAGUUUUGGGCCGUCUUGUUCGCAGUACAUGUUUAUGGCACUGUCUCGGGAGUUGUCAAAUGACUUGAGCUCCGUUGAAGUUGCUGUGUAUAAAAAGAUGGACAUUAUUAUAAUUAGGACACCAUUGUAUAUGUAUAAACAGUUGUAAUUCACAAGUCUGCAAUGAAAUGAAACUGUUGUUCUUGUACAA